AUGCAAGAUUUCUGGCCAGUUGCGAGUAUUUUAGCUGCUAAAUCACUGGGUACUCGUUUAAACUACUGGCCUAGUGCGAGCAAGGCUUUAAAGCACGCGUAUCGAAAACUGUAUAAAACUGGUCCCGUAGAAACGCCUCGAACGUUCGGAGCGGCCACAAUGCAAGCUGGGGAAGGUGCAGCCGCGAACGGUGCCGAGACAGAUGCACGGCCCCAAGGGCCCCGCUGCCUUGGGGUCAAUGGCGGAUUGAAUGAGCGUUUCUGCAAUGCGAAUUCGAAUCGGAAGCCACUCAAGUCGGGGCCCGUGGUGGGAAAAAACCCGAAGAACGCAUUCGUCCUAUAUCGGCUUUGUUGUGCAGCGAAAAAAGCUCAAUUAUGCGUUAUCGUCGUGAACUUGAACCAAACGGCUGUUGCUUGCUGUUUA